AACCGGGCUCAGCGAGGAGGCGCAGGCGGCGGACAGUGCCGGCGACUCUGAGAGCCCGUGGCCGAGAGGCUGCGGGAGGAGCCUUUUUUCCCGGAGGAGUCCGCCGGCCGCCCCACCUAGAGGAGAGCGCGCAGGCCCCUGGCAGCCCCUGCCGGCCGCACGCCGAUCUGGGGCCUUCAGGCCUUGUGGGGAGAGAAGCUGAGGAAGCCUUCCCUCCGGGCGCAUGCCCCCAAGAGACCUUUGAGGUCCCACCCCCGGCCUCCGGGCCAGAGAGAGGCGCUCUAUUUUCCAGGUUCCAGUUGAUCCCAAGGUCUUGUUUCGCAGGACAAUUCAGGAUCUGUUUCUCUGUGAGGAGGUGUAAGGUUCUCUGCUGCUUUCCCCGCCCACCACAACACUAUUGUCAGGCAAGAUGAACCGGCUGUGCGACGUGGAGCCCAGGGUGAUGGAUGAUGAGAUGCUCAAGCUGGCCGUUGGGGAGCAGGGCCCGCGAGACGAGGCUGGGCAGCUGGCCAAGCAGGAGGGCAUCCUCUUCAAGGACGUCCUGUCCCUGCAGCUGGACUUCCAGAAUAUCCUCCGCAUCGACAACCUCUGGCAGUUUGAGAACCUGCGGAAACUGCAGCUGGACAACAACAUCAUCGAGAAGAUCGAGGGCCUGGAGAACCUCACACACCUGGUCUGGCUGGACCUGUCCUUCAACAACAUUGAGGCCAUCGAGGGGCUGGACACGCUGGUGAACCUGGAGGACCUGAGCCUGUUCAACAACCGGAUCUCCAAGAUCGACUCGCUGGACGCGCUGGUCAAGCUGCAGGUGCUGUCGCUGGGCAACAACCAGAUCGGCAACAUGACGAACAUCAUCUACCUGCGGCGGUUCAAGGACCUGCGGACGCUCAGCCUCUCGGGGAACCCGGUCGCCGAGGCCGAGGACUACAGGACGUUCAUCUGUGCCUACCUCCCCAACCUGGUGUACCUGGACUUCCAGCGCAUCGACGACCACAUGAAAGAGCUGGCAGAGAUGAAGCACCAGUGCAGCGUGGACGAGCUGAAGCACCAGGAGAGCCUGAUGCAGGCCCAGCUGGAGGAAGAGCAGGCCCGGUGGGAGGAGCUGGAGGGGCACAAGGCGGCCUUCGUGGAGCACCUGAACGGCCCCUUCCUGUUUGACAGCAUGUACGCCGAGGACGUGGAGGGUAGCCAGCUGUCCCACCUGCCCGGCGUGGGCGAGCUCGUGCAGACCUACAAGGACAAGUUCGUCGUCAUCUGCCUGAACAUCUUCAAGUUCGGCAUGAAGCAGCAGGAGAAGCGGAAGGCGGAGCUCGACACCUUCAUGGGGUGUGUCCAGGAGGCCAUCCAGGAAAAGCAGGAGCAGGGCAAGCAUGAGAUCGCCAAGUUCGAGGAGAAGCACCUGCUGACUUUAAGCUCCAUCCGAGACGAGUCUGAACUGACCAACUUCGAGAUAAAGAUGGCGGAGCACAGCGAGAACAUCACCGAGCUGGUCAACGUGCUCAUGACGCUGGAGAUGCAGCUGGUGGAGCAGCUGGAGGAGACUAUUAACAUGUUUGAAAGGAACAUCAUCGACUUGGUUGGACUCUUUGUCGAAAACGUCCAAAGCCUGAUGGCUCAGUGCCGGGACCUGGAGAACCACCACCACGAGAAGCUCCUGGAGAUCGCCAUCAGCACCCGGGAGAAGAUAGUCAAGGGCGAGCUGGACGAGAACCUGCCGGACGCCGUGCGUGCGCUCUUCGUUGACAAAGACACGAUCGUUAACGCAGUCGGGGCCUCACACGACAUCCACCUCCUGAAGAUCGACAAUCGGGAGGACGAGCUGGUGACCAGGGUCAACUCCUGGCGCGCACACCUGGUGGACAAGGUGAGCGCAGCUGAGGGCAGGCGUCUCCCGGCAGCAGGACCCCACGCUGGAGGCCCGCCCCGGGGCAGACGCGCACGCCAGACACACAUGCAGGGCUGGAGCAGGGAGGAACGGAGUAAGGAAGGCAGGCUCAGGAUCCCGCCUGACGGGCCAGCCGCCGUAUGCUCCACAGAUUCACAAGGACGAGAUCAUGAGGAACCGCAGGCGCAUGAAGGAGAUCAACCAGUACGUCGACCAUGUGCAGAGCGAGCUGGACAGCCUGGAGUACAGCGACCUCCUGGACUAGGGCUGCGGCCCAGCCCUCCCCCCGACCCCCGAACUUCACAGGUAGAGAAAUAAAGGACUUUGGUUACCUUUCUCCAUC